GGCGAUCGAUUGACAUCACGUGAUUGUUAUUGGCCAAUGGAAUGUUUUUGGACCCGCUGACAGUUGGACAGCAGCGCUAACCGGAUGAAAGGUUCUGCAGCAGGUAUAUCUAUCCCACCAUCAUCAUCAUGAGUGACCCCUGGCAGGAGUGUAUGGACCACGGUGUGGAGGUCACCAAACAGGCCGGCAAGAUGAUCCGCGAGGCACUGCAAAAGGACAUCGCUGUUAAGCAGAAGAGCUCCCCGGUCGACCUGGUGACGGAGACGGACCAAAGAGUGGAACAGCUGAUUAUAUCUUCCAUCAAGGAGAAGUAUCCGACGCACAGCUUCAUAGGUGAAGAGUCGGUGGCGGCCGGAGCCCCCAGUGUCCUCACCGACAAUCCCACUUGGAUCAUCGACCCGAUCGACGGCACCACCAACUUUGUCCACAGGUUCCCGUUCGUGUCUGUUUCCGUCGGCUUCGCCGUGAACAAAGAGAUAGAAUUCGGGAUCGUCUAUAGCUGCAUCGAGGACAAGCUGUACACGGCUCGGAAAGGCAACGGCGCCUUCUGCAACGGCGUCUCCAUCAAGGUGUCGGGACAGCAAGACAUCCACCAGUCUCUAGUUCUGACAGAAAUGGGCUUCAAAAAGGAUCCCGAGCAGUUCAACACGAUGCUGUCAAACAUCAGAAAGAUCCUCACCCUCCCGGUGCACGGCAUCCGCUCCCCGGGCAGCGCAGCUGUCAACAUGUGUCUGGUGGCGUGUGGCGCAGCAGACGCCUACUACCACAUGGGCAUCCACUGCUGGGACAUGGCAGGGGGCGCCGCCAUCGUGAGGGAGGCCGGGGGCGUCGUCGUGGAUAUAUCAGGCGGACCGUUCGAUCUGAUGUCUCGAAGGCUGAUCGCGGCGAGCAGCGGAGCGAUCGCGCAACGCAUCAUGAAGGAGAUAACGGAGUUUAACGUGGGCCGGGACGACCAAUGAUGCGAGUUUUAAAACGUCACUGCUAGCUUUAUACCGACCGCGCCGGAGCGCCGUCUUUCAGUACAACGGAAGCAACCUCACGCACCAUUUUCAUAUUUAUUACUUGAAUAGGAUUUUAAAAUUCAGUGAGAUUCAUGUCUUGCUUUAUUGCAGUUCACACGAGUUUGCGCAAGGCAGUGUUCCUCGGCGAUGUCACGGCCUGCCAUAAGCUUUCAUCUGUUUGUUUGGCGUUAAUGAAGGCCACGAAUAAAUCAGAGUGUUAAUGAUCUGCACCUUCGCACCUCUUCUCUGGAUAAAAUCAUCUCAUUAAAGCUUAGACACUCGUCAGCAGGUCUCUUCAUGUCCGCUGAUGUGGCAGUUUCGAGUCCGACCACAGCAGGAUUUGUGUCGCUCUUCAGGUACAUCAAUUCUGCAUGGACCAUAACAAGUCUCAUGAUGGGUGUCAAGUUCUUGAGCUCAUCCAAACACCAGGCGCUGCUGGAACGUAGUGAGCAGCGUCCUGCAGAAGAUCUGGACCAGACCUGAUGUGAUUGAACAUCGUGUCAUGCGAAAAUUUUGGAGUUUCAAAGACAUCAUUCCAAAGCUUACGUAUAUUUCUUGAAAAGUUAGCAAGUAGAUGUGAUGACAAAAACCUUACGGUCGGUUAAAAGUAUCCUACUGUAAACAAACUACCAUCCCUCAUCCAUAAAAUGCUGAGGUCAUCUGUCAGGAGGUACUUUCAUGGGGGCAGCAACCCAUGCAACCCUCCAAUAGCUGUGUGUUUCCUGAUGGUAACGUCAGUAAGGAGGACUCACGCUGGUGCUUUUUACCUGUGUGUCAACAUGCACCGCUGAAGGUUGCGUUCAGCGUCAGUAUAGGACGCAAAGGUCCAUUUCCCAAUGUCAGUAUAUUACGCCAUGGGUGUGAGGAUGUGCUGUGUUCCCAGGUCAGUCGAGUGAGGUCAUCUCUCCAUGGUGUCCUGGCUUUCUGCCUGUAACACACGGAAUACAUCCUGAUAAGAUGCUUGCACAACCAUAUCUGGCAUUUUGAGGUCCAGCACUUCUGCUUUGAGUCUCUCCUGGAUGACUGAGCUUCUCCCUGAGCAGAGUCCAUUUCAGCUGAGGUAUCUGUGAUCUUGUUCUUCCAAUCACCACCUAAAGUUAAAGUCUUUUGGCUCAGCGCUUUCUUCAGAGAGUCCCAAUGACUGAUGAUACUGUACUUACACUCUUCAUUUUCUAACUUAUCCACCGAGAUACCAGAAGUCUGAGAGCUGGGCAAUAAUUUUAUCCCCAACUUGGACAUGUUAUUCCACCCUUUUCCUAACAAAUACCAUGAUGAUGGACUGGAUGGGAGCAGAACUGCACAGCACUUGCUGUAUAUAGUCUUCUGUCUACUUCAGCAAACCUUGAGAACCUCAAUUGUAACCAGCCGCCCUGAAAAACAGGACACCCAGCAACAAACAAAACUAAUUCGAUUUUUUUUUUCUUUGUGUGUCAAGCACAGUGCCGAACAGCCUGACUAAAAUAUGGAGUUUUAACAGAACAUUUUUACAGAAUUUAACAAAUGCUUGCUGUGACUGCAGGGUUUUUGUGUGUGCUUGUUUAUGGAUGCUUCUUGAGAAAGUGAAGUGUGGCCCUCAAAUGAAUUCUAAAUGAAUGCGCACAAACACAGGUAGGUCAGUGGAAAGAACAUUCUUUAGGAAAGGUUUCGUUCAGGAUGCUAAUGUGGCAGCAGCUAAUGUAUUUUGGGUUGGAAAGGGUCAGCGCACCUCUAAGUGGUAGAGGUGAGAAUUUUUUCAUGUGAGGGAGGAAAAAAAAAAAAGAAAUGGACGUUUGGUUCAGAGUUUGUCAGCUUUCUGUCUGUAACGGAGAAAACAAUAAAGAGAAACCGGGCCAUGAAACAUAAACCGUACGUUUUUAGGAGAGAGAUAAAAGCACAGACAGCCAUUACAGCCAGUCAAAUUCUCCGCUGCGUUUCCUCUGCCCUUUCCAUGGCUGCCCGAGAUCUCACCCAUGCUGUGCGAUCGAAUCCCCCGUGGGAUUUUCUGCUCUAUGAAAUCGCCGGACUUUAGCUCCCCUCGGACCGUUGUCGCUGUCUUUUUGAGGGCUUGCGUGCGCUGAUGACGAACAAAUGGUUUUCAAAAACACUUCGCUUGAGCAAAUCCAGGUCUUGUCAACUCAGAAAAUCCUUACAGAAAUCGAUGUUGGCCUGCGGCGGUGGGGUUAAAACCCACGGUGCUGCCAGAAAGUCCUACUAAACUCACCAUAAAACAAAUCUGUGCAAACGGUGGUUUAAGAAUAUUUUGACUUCACAAGCUGCUGCUUCUCCUGUGGGCAAUAAAUCUGUUCAAACUAAUUUCUAUUUGAAGUGUUACCUGAGGUUGACUAAAUGUUCAGGCUACGAAGUCCCUGUCAAACAUUCUUCUUUGUUCAGUCCUAUGGAACGCACCACAAAUGGAACCAUCUACUUGAGUUCAAAAACAGAUUGGCAGGUGAGAACUAAAGCCCCCCACAAGAACACCCUCCUGGGACGCUGCCUUGAAACCCAAUUCUUAUAAACCCUGGAACGUGACAGAAAACAUUUUUUACUCCGUUGAAAGCCUAAUAUGUCAACAUGCAACGAGGAUGGCAUCGAUCACUACUGUGGCAUGUCGAGCGAGAUGACGUUAACAUCUUGAACCGACUUGCGCAAAAUGGCGUCGGUUAUCGUAGUAAAUUUCUGUUACAGUCAAAUUUCAGUAUAUCGCCGAGCCCUGGUUCCACGUAAAAUCAAACCGUAAGCUGAAAGUGGAUCCAUAAGAAUCACACCCCGCGGCUCAACACUUACCCAAGCUUAAGCUAAGCUAAGCUUUACCAUGCAUUUUAUGUGUUGUACAGUCUACGGCGCCACAAAUCGUGUUGGGAAGGGAAACAAUUUUUUCAAUAGGAUGCGUAAACUACUGAUUUCUGAGACCCAAAAGUCCACUUUUCGGGUCGUCAAUAUGUGACAUCACCACACGUUCCAGUAUGAUCCGUCCUCCAUAGCCCACCCAGAGUGCCUUUCUUUCCUGGUGCCUCACACCUUUCGUACUUUACCCAGCGCGUUCCCCGGCGCUUCCAAAUCCAGCACCAUAUUCCACCCCUGCAGCCUCCCACUGAUUCUUCCGAGGCCCGAUCUAGGUUGGGAAGUCAUCACGUCUUCUCUCCCUGAUGGAUAGGCUGAGCUGUAGUCAGGUGUGGUGUGCUUGUGUCUCUGUAGCUGGUUGGAGUGUGCUGUCCUGUUUGGGUAGAACUAACACACUUGGCCUGCGCUAUGUCACUCCCUGCUGGGACAGUCCUCCCUCCCAUCCCUCACCUCACUGUUUCUAGUUUCUAGUCGUUCACCAGACCCCCCUCCUCUGCCACCAAGGCUUCAAAUCCCCCCAGUUCUGGUCAGACAUCCACCACCAUGAAGAAUAUUCCCACUGCAUACUAGAUAAUCACCAAAAAUAUUGCUUGUUGCACCGGUGGUAAGAAUUUGACUAUCACAAUUUAGAGGAAAAAACUAAAUCUCCUCACAGUCUGUGGAUUCCUUAGACCCCUCUGCCGCAGACUCCCCUCCUGGGAGAAGAGCGGGCCAGACAGCAGAGCUCCACAUCAUUGUUGUGUCGUGCUUCACUCUAAACUACCUGAAACCAUUCAGACUUCAUAAUAUUAAUUAAGAAGUGAAGCUGUGUUUGUUUUUUUUCACGACACAGUCAAUGUCAAAGAUGUCUCUGAGUUUUUUAAGCGCACCUAUUCAACUGAUAAAGCUUUCACUUGAGAGAUGCUUUAUUUAAUAAACACUCUAAUUCACUUUAUGUUUUUAAUGGCCCUCAGUGCCGAGAGUCCUUUCACCUCAACUUCUGCUGCUUAAUUUCUUUAGAAACUUGUUUAUUGAGUCAUUAACAUCACAUCGAGCAAAGUCAUUACCGCUUGUCCUUGUUUCGGGGAAGGAAGUGUGAGCCAUUGUUCCGGAAAAAAACACUGAGCCGCUCGCUUUUCCUGCAGGAUUCUGAAAAUAGUUUUAUUUCCAGCGAGAAGCUGAACUCUCAUUUGUCUGGUGAUUUUUUUAAAGUGUGUUUAUCGCCUUUACCUUUGUGUUUCUCAAGUGUGAGCCAAACUGCUAAAGUUUAUCUCACGCUUUUCACAAUGACAGAUUGUAGCUGAGUAAUUUGCGUAUUUUUAGUGCUGUUUCCACACCAUUGAUGUGGAGCGGGUGUCUGCUGGAGGCCUCCUGAAUGAGGUCUUCCAGAAAGACCAGGUGGGAGUUUCUAUGGUCAGUGGCGUUUGAGCUUUGUUUGCAGCUGCCCCAUCGACCUGACCACAGACAAGCAGAAGAGUUAGAUGUUAGAUGCAACACAGUUUGUUGCUCUUUCAACAGCCUCUCGUGGAUUUUACUGGCUCUCUGUCAGAGAGUGCAGAAACCCUGUCAAGAAACUUCAGCUUCUUAGAUUUGUUUCCUUCUUUCCUUGUCAGUUGUUUGACGGAGAACCAAAGUAGAACUGAUGCUGUGCAUCAAGGGUAACCUGUUGAGGGGUUUUGGACGCCACCUCCGAGACACAGAUGUGUCUUGUCCAGACACACUGGCGAAACUAUAUCCGUCUGUUGACCUUGGAAUGCAUUGGUUACCCCGAAAGAGGCUUUGGAGAAAGGAAAGUCUGAGCCUCUUUGCUCCUUCCACUGCUCCUGCAACCUGACCUUGUGUCAGUAAUGGAAGAUGGAUGGACCUUAGAUCUUGGCCUUGGAAGAAAGAGCUGUGGCAAAACGGAGAACUCUCCAUUUGAUAAAGAUAAUUCACUCUCGAAUUUUAAUUUGUAAAAUUCAAUUUGGGAAGAGGAGUUUGGAACGUCCUGUCCAGGUUGGAGAUGAGGCCCCUCUGGUGGAUGCAUUCAUGUCUCUGUGGGUCUUGUUGUCGAUUGAGGGAAGCGUGACAGACAGAUCGUCAGUCAUGAGGACUGUCAUGGUGAAGAAUAAGCUGAGCCAAAAGGCAAAUAACUCAAAUCAUCGUGACCCAAAAAAAACAUCUGUGGUGCGAGUGAUUUGAUAAGGGAGUGUGCAACAUUGUAAACUUGACUCUGUUUUUCAAAUUUCAUCCUGGGGAUAUUGUUCUAUAGCUCUGUCUCUUCUUGCUGAUGAACCGUCAACACUUCACAAGGAGGUUUGCCUUAGUGCAGUGGUCACCAAAUUACAGGAAGUUGCAUCAUCUUCGUAAUUCUGGAUUCAUUUUGUUCACGUCACUUAUGGUCUCCUCAAUGAGUUUUCCCACCAAAUUUACCAGCAGAGAGAAGAGACUGAAGAGAGAGAUGAACACAGCAGGUAGCGAUGACAGCGGGAAAGCUGUCCUAUCUCAUUCCUGUAUUUCUCAUUCUCUGCUCUCCCCAUCACUGUCUGUGACACUUCACCGUAAAAUGUAAUGAUCCAUAUGAAAAGUCUACUACUUUGUAACGGUGAGGCAGAUGUUCGGCCGUAAUCGCACUGGCAGAGGAAGCACGUCGCAGCACAAAGGAGCAGCUGUCCAUAUUAAAUGCCACAUGAGACUUAAAAGCCGUGACCAACACUAGCAUGUCAUUUGAAGGCAUUGUCAGGGAUGUUUAUCUGACAGCUCCAUUCUUCAUUCUCAAGUCUCUUUUCCGUGUUUUCACAUAGCCAAUGUAGUCUGAAAUCACCCAGAUAAACCUUCGACUCUGCAUAAGAGGCGCGGCCUGUGCUGCCACGACCGAUUCCCUUUGUGAUUUAUUUGAUGUCUAAGUAUGCCUGAUGGACACCAUUUCAGACCAGUCCAUUCCAGACUCAACGGAAUACAGCGCUUCACCGUCUUAACAUCCGAGACGUCGUCGCUCUCAAUAUGCACAACCAUUGCUGUUUCCUCUGCCUCUUUAAAACCGGUUGCCCUUUUAUGCUCCAGUUAAAAAACCCGCUUGAAUAAUUCAACCCUCCCAAAGUCCUGAAGGAGCAAACUCCCUGCUCGUCUUUCAAGAUGCUCCACUGACCUUCCCCAACUCCGGCAUCAUAGCGGGCCUCGGUUACAGCCGCGAGUCCCCCGAACCGAACAUCCAAAACAUCCGUCAUCCUGGAUCAAUUAUUCAUCGCGGACCUGCCAGGAAGACAGCAUGACUGAUGUAUUUGUUUUGCUCGACCUAUCGCUUCCCCUCAGCCUGUCCACCAACAUUUAAGAGAGCGCUUUCAAUUUAGUGCACAGACCUGAUGACAAGUGCUGCCCCUGCCAGAUGAACUCCGGCAGAUAAUAUCGCGGACUGCUGCCGAGUGGUUUUACACAGUCAUUAAGGGCUCGACUAGUCAAUGCUUCCAGUUAUAGACAUUUUGGAAUGCGGUGAUAUUUCAUUUAUUAUUGUUUAAAUAAUUCAUCGGUUGUGCUACUUACAGGUCUCAGAGCAUAUGUCUUGUUUGAGUAAGGAAGAAGCCUGUAGUAGUAGUAUGUUCCAAGACAUUCUAAGGUGUAACUUGCAGAGGAUUGUCAGUAGGAAGUUGAUGCAGAAGUCUGUUGAUGUUCAAAUAGUGCAGUUGUGUGGAGGGUGACAAUCUAAAGGUCUCAUUGCUGCGGUGCUUGUGGUGCUAUUUGUGUUUUUCAACACGUGUGCACUGGCAAAGUUGUGUGCUGUGAGAGACCAUGUGGAAUGCUUGAGAAAAUUCUCCAGUUUCAGUCGGUCUGGAACAUUUUUUCUUCUGCAGAUACUCUGCCAUCAUAGACAGAAUAAAAGAAAUAAAAGGCAUUUGCAACAAUUUUGACAAAGCACAUGAAGGACAUGGUUCCACUGGUGGUGUGCCUUGGGGUUUGUUGAAUGGAAAUGUGUGGCACGUAUUAAAAAAGGUUAAAAAAUUUUGCCUUACGUGACCAAGACCUUGGCUCACGAUUUAGCCCGGUCCCUUUUUCGUUCACGUGUGUCACAUUUGAUGUAGCUGUAGCUAUUUGCAUUGUUCACUCAUGAAAUAACAGCCAUAUUUUGAUGUAUGCUGCUGUUGCUCAUGCAUAAUUCAGUGAUGGAUAUUUAACACAUCCGAAUGUGUUUAUGUUCACAAGCAUUCGCUGUGUUGCCUGAAACAAAAAAUAAAAGAACUUAACACAAGUUAUUAAACAUAAAAACCUUCUCCUGUGUUGAUUUGAGAUGUUUUUUCAUCUUAAAAAUGUAUGAAUUUAUUGUAUUUAUUUUUUUAUUUCAUGGGCAGAAAGAAAAAACCUUGUAGGUGAGAUAGGUGGUGUUCUUUUGUCGACCCCUUUUAUGGGCCCGUCACUGAGCCCUGAGGAACCCCUCGAUGUUGACUGCAUUUAUCUCUUCAUAAAUCCAUGUCUAUCUGUUUUUAAGACCCUUCCAUGUUUUUAAACAGCCUGCUGUCCUUGAAAUCAUCUUUGGUCACGAUUAUGUUCUUCAUUGAGAGAGUAGCUGCGGUGAGAGCAUGGACCCUUGUGGCACCCCAGUCAUGAUCCUCAUAUGUGAAUGUGGGAUCAGACUGUAGUGUAUCAGUCGCGCAGAGACAUCGGCGUCUCUUCACUUCCCCUGAGACAAUAAUUGCCAGGCGGGGUGUGGUUGGGAACCUGUCGAAACCAGUCCUCGGUGAGAGCACAAAAAAGCACAAGCUGUUCUUCUGUGGAAGACUCCAACGUAUUGUUUGUUUCUUUUGAUACAUAUUUAUGAUGCCCUGUUUUAACAUAUUUAAAUCAGUCUAGCAUCCGUUUUGGCAACAGCUGGGCGGAACUGAGUCCAACAGACUUGAGGUGGGCUAAAGGUUGUGGUUCCAUGCUCAGCGUUCAUGUUUAUUCUAUGUAUUCAUAAUCCCUAAAACUUUCAUCUUUUACUUUCAUUUUUCACAGUAACAUGUUCCCAUUGCUGUUUUGCUGAGUUAGGGCUAAUAUGAUAUGAUUAUUAUUGACAGAAUUUCUACAGAGGGGAGAGCGCAGGAUUUCAUCUAUGCUGUUUGCGGAUGAUGUUGUUUUGUUGGCUCCAGGAACUUCAGCGCCCACUAGGAGGCUUUGCAGCCGAGUGUGAAGUGGCCGGUAUGAAGAUCAGCAACUCCAAAUCUGAGGCCAUGGUUCUCGACCAGAUAAAGGUGCUGUGCCCUCUUCAGGUCGGUGGAGUGUCCCAGCCCCAUAUGGAGGAGUUGUGGUAUCUCGGGGUCCCACAUUUGGGACGAGGAGAGCGUGAGAUUGACAGACGGUGAUGCGGUCGCUGUGAAGAAAGAGCUGAGCUCUCUAUUCACCGCUCUGCGUUCCCACCCUCACCGAUGCUCACAAACUUUGGGUUAUGAGUAGAAGAAGGACCAGGAUAUAAGCCAUGGAAAUGGGAUUCCUCUGCAGGGUGGCCGGGUGCUCCGAGACAGAGCCAGGGUGAGCAGCUCAGUCACGCGGGAGGAGCUUGAGUAGAGCCGCUGCUCCUCCACAUCGAGAGGAACCAGCUGAUGUGGCUCGGGCAUCUAUUUCAGAUGCCUCCCGGUCGCCUCUCUAGACAGGUGUUCUUCUACUGGGAAGAGGCCCCUGGCAAGACCCUGGAUACAUUGGAGGGACUAUGUCUCCUGUGUGGCCUGGGAACACCCCGGGGUCCCGCCAGAAGACCUGCAGGAGGUGUGUGGGGACAGGGAAGUCUGAUCAUCCCUGCUCUGACUGCAGCCUCCGCGACCCGGUCCCUGAUAGUUGGGGGAAGAAGUAGAAGACAAAGUAGAUAAAAAAAAUACAUUAACUUUUUUUUCAUUUUUUUCCUUUCAACAAUUUACUUAUUUUGUGUCUUUUUUUAUUAUUCAUGACCCACAAAUAUUUACGAUAAUUUCCACCAUGUUCUCUUUUAAACCUGCUUGUUUUGCUGCCACGACUUCUGCGUUUGUCAUCCACAUAGGCCACGAUUGAAAAGGUCUGACUGGGAAUAGUCAACACGCUCAUGUAGUCCUUGAGCGAAUGCGUUUCCUGUGAUGGCUGAUACUGGAGACUAUGGAAUUCAAACUGUACUAUCUUGCCCUUCUUCAUUCUUGGGUGGCAUUCUUGUUUUGUUUUUGUUUUUGCACAAGCCUGUACCAUUAUCUUUGUCGUCUGUCUCUGGACUGGCAAGGUUUGCCAUGCAAGUACCAGUUUGUUUUUCCGUCUACUCAAUUCCUAAUCAUUCUGUUUUUCUUUUUUCCUAUGGAACUCUUGCCUUUGCGUCUUUUUAGAUUUUUUUAAACCCUCUUUAACUGAUUUUUUGCCCCAUAGAAGCAAUUCUUGUCUCUGCUGGCUCCUCUUCCUUUCUGUCCAGUCAGGUUCAUACAGUAGCAUUUUAUUCUGUGGAGCCUUUAAGGCUUGAAAGGUGCCUUUAAAUAAAGUGCCACACAAUAUCCUGGGCCCAUUGAUAAGAUAGUUCCCAGACUCUCCAGCCAUCCUUUCAUCUGCUCAUCUGACAGGAGCCGCAGCUGAAGUGAAGCUUCCCUCUGUCCAGAAGCAGGCCACUCUUCUGGGGGAGUCCUGGGGUGUUCCCAGACACCAUCUCUCCAGCGUGUCCUGGGUCACCCCGAGGCCUCUUCCAUCUCUGACACCAGAGCCCCCUCACCUGGCUUUCCUUAGCUCAGUGGUCCUACUGUGAGUCUCUCCUGAAUGACUGAGCUACUGCUGAAACCGAUUCUCAUGACAGAAUGAACCGCCUUUUGGCUCAGCUCUUUCUCCCCCCCCAGUUCAAAGAGUUGUAUGUCGUCGCAUGGAUCAUAACUGACAGAUUAUUGAAGAUUAAAGAUGCCAGUGCACGUUGGUGCACGAGGAAGAAUGUAGCUCAGAGAUCGUAAAUCUCCACUGGCAGGUGAAGACUAUCGGUACCAACUGCUUACGUGAAUAGAAGGCAU